AUGGAUAAGAAGAAAGUCGCGGUUCCUCUAGUGUGCCAUGGCCACUCGAGACCUGUCGUUGAUUUGUUCUACAGUCCAAUCACACCUGAUGGUUUCUUCCUCAUUAGCGCGAGUAAAGAUUCUCAUCCAAUGUUGAGAAAUGGGGAAACUGGAGACUGGAUUGGUACAUUUGAAGGGCAUAAAGGUGCAGUUUGGAGUUCUUGUCUCGAUAACAAUGCGUUGCGUGCAGCAUCCGCUUCUGCAGAUUUUUCAGCGAAACUUUGGGAUGCUUUGACUGGGGAUGUGUUGCAUUCUUUUGAGCACAAACAUAUUGUUCGAGCUUGCGCCUUCUCUGAGGAUACGAAAUCGCUAAUCACUGGAGGGUUUGAGAAAAUUCUUCGUGUAUUCGACUUGAAUCGCUUGGAUGCGCCUCCUACAGAAAUUGAUAAAUCUCCUGGUUCUAUCAGAACACUUACGUGGCUUCACAGUGAUCAAACGAUAUUGAGUUCUUGCACUGAUAUCGGCGGGGUGAGGUUAUGGGAUGUGAGGAGCGGCAAAAUCGAGCAAACACUAGAAACUAAGUCUCCUGUCACCAGUGCUGAAGUGAGUCAAGAUGGACGGUAUAUAACAACUGCUGAUGGAUCGACUGUUAAAUUUUGGGAUGCGAAUCAUUUCGGACUAGUGAAGAGUUACGACAUGCCCUGCAAUAUCGAAUCUGCGUCUCUUGAGCCAAAAUCUGGCAACAAAUUCGUUGCUGGUGGAGAAGACAUGUGGGUUCGACUGUUUGAUUUCCACACUGGAGAAGAGAUUGGAUGCAACAAGGGACAUCAUGGUCCGGUACACUGCGUGAGAUUUGCACCAACAGGUGAGUCUUAUGCUUCAGGGUCUGAAGAUGGUACCAUAAGAAUCUGGCAGACAUGUCCUGUGAAUCCUGAAGAGAUGAGCGAAUCAAAGUCAGGGAAAUCGAAGCAGAACGUGGAGGAGGUUGCUCGUGAGAUCGAAAGCUUUAACCUUAACAAGGAAGGGAAAACUGAAGAGAAACCAACGGAUGCCUAA